AUGGCAUUAAGAAUGAAAUCACAAAUCAAUACUUUCUUGAAAACUUUGGAUAUCAAAGUUCCAAUAAUUCAAGCUCCAAUGGCUGGUGCAAGUACUUUGGAAUUAGCAGCCAUUGUUACUAAAAAAGGAGGUUUGGGAUCUAUACCACUUGGUUCACAUAGUGAAAAUCCAGAAGCCGUUGAAACACAACUGUUGAAAUUCCAAGAAUUAGUUCAAGAUGAAAAUUUGAAAAGAAAUGUUAAUUUAAAUUUUUUCACUCAUGAUGUACCAAUCCAUGAUGAAACAAAACAUAGUCAAUGGGUUCAAAAAAUCCAUAAUUAUUAUCAAAAGGAAAAUAUUGAAAUUAGCUCCAAAGCUAAGGGAUUAAGUGUACCAUAUCCAACUUUUAAAAGCAUUGAAACUGAUUCACAUCCAGUUAUUCAAAUAUUAUUAAAAUUGAAACCAAAAGUUAUUAGUUUCCAUUUUGGAUUACCAAAUUUACAAGUCUUACAAACAUUACAACAAUCAGGAAUUAAUGUCUUCAUUUCAGUUACAAAUUUAAAAGAAUUUAAACAAGUUGUAGAAGCUGGCGUUGAUGGUGUUAUUUUACAAAGUUGGGAAGCUGGUGGUCAUAGAGGUAAUUUUAUUGCAAAUGAUCCAAAUGAUGAUAAAUUGGAUACUGAAGGUUUAGUAAAAGAAAUUGUUGGAUAUAUUGAUUCAAAUUUAAGUGAAAGUGAUAAAAUUCCAUUUUUAGUUGCAGCUGGUGGUCUUUAUAAUGGUGAAUCUAUUUCUAAAGUACUUGAUUACGGGAUCGCUGGUGUUCAAUUAGGUACAGUCUGGCUUCAAACCUCACAGGCUACAACAUCUCCAAUUCAUAAAGACUUGUUAACUAAAUCAAAUCCUGCACCAAAAACAAUUAUGUCACCUGCAAUUUCUGGUAGAAAUUUAAGAACUAUUGAAACUGACUAUUUGAAAGAAUUAACAUCAUCACCAACCCAUACUAUUCCAGAUUAUCCAUUACCAUAUUCAAUUUUCAAAACAUUAGGUGGUGAUGCUAAAAAUUCAGGCUGUAAAACUUCAUAUAGUGCAUUUUUAGCUGGUUCUAAUUAUCAUUUAUCAAGAAGAAAUACUAAUGAUGCAGGUGAAAUUUUCGAUCAAAUUGUUAGUGAAUUGAAAGUAAAAGGCUAUUAA